GCUGGCACCGGCUGGGGGCGAGCAGACUUCGAGCAGCUGCUGCCGCCGCCGCAGCCGUUGCGACCGCCGCAGCGGAGUUCAGAGGGCCGGAGGUGGGGGACUUCCAACACGGUGGCUGAAAUGUCGUCCACCGCGGCUUUUUACCUUCUCUCCACCCUGGGAGGGUACUUGGUGACCUCAUUCUUGUUGCUCAAAUACCCGACCUUGCUGCACCCGAGAAAGAAGCAGCGAUUCCUCAGUAAACACAUCUCUCACCGCGGAGGUGCUGGCGAAAAUUUGGAGAAUACAAUGGCAGCCUUUCAGCAUGCAGUUACAAUUGGAACUGAUAUGCUGGAAUUGGACUGUCAUAUCACAAAAGAUGAACAGGUUGUAGUGUCACAUGAUGAGAAUCUAAAGAGAUCAACCGGAGUCAAUGUAAACAUCUCUGAUCUCAAGUACUGUGAACUCCCACCUUACCUCGGCAAACUGGAUGUCACAUUUCAAAGAGAAUGCCAGUGUGAAGGAAAAGAUAAUCGAAUUCCAUUACUGCAGGAAGUUUUUGAGGCCUUUCCUAAUACUCCUAUUAACAUCGAUAUCAAAGUCAACAACAAUGUGCUGAUUAAGAAGGUUUCAGAGUUGGUGAAGCAGUACAGACGAGAGCACAUAACCGUGUGGGGCAAUGCCAGUUAUGAGAUCGUGGAAAAGUGCUACGAAGAGAAUUCAGAUAUUCCUAUCCUCUUCAGUCUGCAACGUGUUCUGCUUAUUCUCGGCCUGUUCUUCACUGGUCUCUUGCCCUUUGUGCCCAUCCGAGAACAGUUUUUUGAAAUUCCAAUGCCUUCUAUCAUAUUGAAGCUAAAAGAACCACACACUAUGUCCAGAAGUCAAAAGUUUCUCAUCUGGCUUUCUGAUAUUCUGCUAAUGAGAAAAGCCUUGUUUGACCACCUCACUGCCAGGGGCAUUCAGGUGUAUAUUUGGGUAUUAAAUGAAGAACAAGAAUACAAACGAGCUUUUGAUUUGGGAGCAACUGGGGUGAUGACAGACUAUCCAACAAAGCUUAAGGAUUUUUUACAUAAUUUUUCAACAUAGAAAAGGAGGUACUCGGAAGCAUUCAAAGGAAACAUGAAGAGACCUAAGGGUAGCGGGGGAAAGGUUGCCAUCAUUUCCCUAAGCCAUUUCCAGAAUGGUAAAGGUUUAAUCAGUUAAGUUUUUAUUACCUCAUUUUUAAGCUUGUCUGAGAAUGUAGAAACUAUAUAUUGUAUAUUUAUUUUAAACAAUAUUGCAUAUUUUACAUUUGUAAAUUGUUUAGAAAGAUAACUGGUUGUGACUUGUAACUAGAAGAUUAUUGAUCAAGAGUUCUGUAUAUGAUGCAGUGUUCUACUAUUACAAGUAAUUCCAAAAUCAAAGACUAUGGGAUAAAUUUGACAUCAGCCUUCCCUGGAAUAAGAUCAAAAUUACUGAAGGCCACUACAGCUACUCUGAGUUGUCUCAUUAUUUCCAGGUACAUCUUGAUUAAAGAGGAAAGAAAAUACAGUAGGAGGAGAGCUUAGGAAUCAGUGAUACCGUUAUCUGACAAGCUGUAGAUUGUUAACAGAAGGCAAACUCAGAGAAAGAACUGAAACUUCAUUACUUGAUCAGAAAUAAAAACUGUAGACAAUUAAAUUUCUUGGUUGCUGUUGUUAAUGGAAUCUUGGAAUCUUCUUCAGUGUAGCAGUGCUACCAUGUCCUUUCUUUUUGGUAACAUUUAAAAUGGGAAUUAUUAAAUGUAAAUUAAGACCCAACAGUCACAUAUUUGUGUUUCCUCUAAAGAAAUGUAAAUUUUCCGUUUUUGGCAAUGACAAACCGUUUGAUCCUUACAUCUAGAUUUUAAAUAACAUCUCGAAUCUUAAUAAUCCUAUAAAACUGAUGAAAAUACACAUCAUUGUUUUAACACUUAAGGUAUAAACCACCUGUUCCUGACCUUUAAGGAUUAGGUCUUCUGAAUACUAAGUGGAAACAAUUUCUCAAAGCAUUAGGCAUCACUUUCUCAGCUUUUCUGAUAUGACUUCAUGUAAAUCUGUUUCUAAUCUUUUUGACUAAUUUUCAUGAUCUCUUUGGGAGGUAAAUAUAAUAUGGAAUAAUAAGGGUUUUUUACCUAGAUUACAUCUCUCACUUGGAGUUUGCCCACUAGCAGCUAUGAAGGAUGAUUAUACUCCCAUCUAUCUCUGGAUGACAUAACUAACAUUUUGCUUUUUGUUUAAACUGGAAUAAAAUUUUACAAGAACAAA